UUUCGCACUCGAAAGUUCCUGUGCAAGAGCUUUGUAAAGGGGGACGAGGGGGGUUGAGUUGGGGGUGGUCGUCAUGGAUUCCUCACCAUAGCAACCGACAAACGUUUACAAAGCAUUGAGGAAUUUCCUCAUAUCAGCUGGAUUAUUGGAGCCCUCGGAGAACGGCUCUCGUUCGAAACAAACGCUGGAUAUCAUCAGGACCCUGGCAGGGGCCGGAGCCCCGCUGCCAGUUUCAUCUUUUUCCCCCUUCGUUUGUUCUUUUUUUUGACGGAGAAGUUGUUUUUUUUCUAUCUGCUUUACUCCCCCUUGCAGCUCCAUUCUUCCCUUGUCCCUGCCUUACUCCCGCUCUUUUCCUUUCUAUCCUUUCUUUUUUUUUUUUUAAACGAGAGCCUUUGUGUCACUCCGUUUUUAGCUUCCCUUUGCUAUGCUGUGCACAUUGUCACCCAGUGGAAAGCUGAGUCGCGGCAGCAGCGGGUUUGGUCCUCAGGAAGCUUUUCAAUCCUGCUGCAUGCAGAGCUCCGAGGGAGGGUCAGACACCACGACCAGCGUGGCAGCGCUGCGGACAUCGUCAUCAGCUCAGGCCCCUGUGGUACAGCCUGUCCCAGCCUCCCAGCAGAGGGUGCUGGUUCAAGCCACAGGCUCAGCUCAGAAGGGAGGACAAGUACAGCAGCUUUCAGUACCCAGGGUUCAACAGGUCCCUCAGCAGGUGCAGCAAGUGCAACAUGUCUACCCAUCCCAGGUCCAGUAUGUAGCAGAAAGUGGAGAGGCUGUUUACACUAAUGGGACCAUCCGAGCGGCCUACUCCUACAACCCUGAUGCUCAGUUGUAUGGGCAGAGCAGUGGGGGAACCUACUUUGACUCACAGGCCGGUGGAGCUCAUGUCACCACGGUGGUCUCCUCUGCCAGCGGUGGGGUGCCCCCUCAUGGCAUGGUGGGCAUCGCUAUGGACGUGGGCAGCAGCCACAUCAUCUCCAGUGGAAGCACUUAUCUGAUCCACGGGGGAAGUAUGGAGGGAAGCCGCAACCACAUAUCACACUCCUCACGCUCCUCCUCAGCUAUGCUUGAAAUGGCGAUUGAAAACCUCCAAAAGUCUGAAGGAAUUGCAAGUCACAAAAGCAGCCUGCUCAACAGCCAUCUUCAGUGGCUGUUGGACAACUAUGAGACCGCUGAGGGAGUGAGCCUGCCCCGGUGCUCCCUCUACAACCAUUACUUACGGCACUGUCAGGAACAGAAACUGGAUCCGGUCAACGCGGCCUCCUUCGGCAAGCUCAUCCGCUCCGUCUUCAUGGGCCUGAGGACCCGCCGUCUCGGCACCAGAGGCAACUCUAAGUAUCAUUACUAUGGCAUCCGGGUGAAGCCAGACUCACCGCUCAACCGGCUGCAGGAAGACACCCAGUACAUGGCCAUGAGGCAGCAACCUGUCCACCAGAAACAAAGGUCAGCUCUCUCUACUGGCUGCCAUUUCUACCCCUCUCCUUCCUUUUCUGUUGUCUUCAUGUCUGUCCACUUGUUUUUGCUUUAUGCAGACACGUCCCACACCUUGCCUCCAUUUCCCACUCCUGACUUGGGCACCCAGCCUCUGCCUGAGCGCAUCAACAUGAAUGAUAUCAAGAAGCUGCAGACACUCUACAGAGACCACUGUGAGGCUACACUGGAUGUGGUGAUGAACCUCCAGUUCCACUACAUUGAGAAACUCUGGCAGACCUUUUGGUAUUCAACACCGCCAUCUAGUGACGGAAGUACCACUAUCCCCAACAGUGAUGAUGACAUGGAAGGUGUGAUCCCCAGAGAGAAGCUGGUGGCUCUGUGUAAAUAUGAACCCAUCAGACUAUGGAUGAGGAGCUGUGACCACAUCCUCUACCAGGCUCUGGUAGAGAUCCUCAUCCCCGAUGUGCUGCGUCCUGUUCCGAGCACUCUCACUCAGGCCAUCCGUAACUUUGCCAAGAGUCUGGAGGGCUGGCUGACAAACGCCAUGACCAACUUUCCUCAAGAGAUUAUCCGCACCAAGGUGGCGGUGGUCAGCGCCUUUGCCCAGACACUGAGACGUUACACCAGUCUGAACCACCUGGCCCAGGCAGCCCGCGCCGUCCUCCAGAACACCUCCCAGAUCAACCAGAUGCUGUCUGACCUCAACCGGGUCGACUUUGCUAACGUCCAGGAGCAGGCGUCAUGGGUGUGUCAGUGUGACGAGAGUGUGGUUCAGCGUCUGGAGCAGGACUUUAAGGUCACCCUGCAACAGCAGAGCUCUCUGGACCAGUGGGCUACAUGGCUCGACAACGUGGUCUCUCAGGUCCUCAAGCCUCACCAGGGCAGCCCCAGCUUCCCCAAAGCUGCACGCCAGUUCCUGCUCAAAUGGUCCUUCUACAGCUCCAUGGUGAUCAGAGACCUGACCUUGCGUAGUGCAGCCAGUUUUGGCUCUUUCCACCUGAUACGCCUACUGUAUGAUGAGUACAUGUUUUACCUGGUGGAACACCGUGUGGCUCAGGCCACCGGAGAAACUCCUAUUGCUGUCAUGGGAGAGUUCAGUGAUCUGAGCUCUAUGAUGCCAUCACUCAUGGAAAAAGAUGCGUCGUUCUCCGAUGAGAUGAGUGACCUGGGCAGUGAUGCCGACGCGUCCAGAGGGCCGACUGAACCUGCUGUAAAGAGAGAGAGGAUCGAAAUGAGCCACCCUCUGCAGGAGAUGUGAGUCGUGUCUGAACUGGGGCCGGACUGAAAGCCACAAGGACCAGCAUCUCUCCCGUUUUAAAAAAAGAAAAAAGAAAAGAAAGGUGACCCCGUAAAGUGGCUUCCGGGGCCCUUUGGGACGCUGUGGCUUUUUGGGCCGAGCACACUGCGUCCUUCUGCAGUCAGUGUGUGCAAUGUACAUAGAGAAGAAAGUAGCAGUGUCAGUCCUCCCCUCACUAGUGUUUAUAAGGACGGUAAUCUAUCUCCCAGGAAACUCACGUCUGUUUGUUUUGUUUUUUUUACUCACAGGGGUGUAACACAGGUCUGAUUUUCUUUCUGUUUUUGUUGCAACUGUGAAUGACUUUGUGCAGUACCUUUUUAUUGGAUGUGUAACUUUGAGUGGUGGUGUGUGGUGUUUAUGUGAUUCUUCUCUUUUUUUAAUUUUAACUAGCUGUGCCAUAGUGUCAUUUGAGUGCCUUAGAUCGCUAACUUUGAAACCACCACUACAGAUGUCUAUCUGUCCCUCAGCUGUGCCUCUACCGCAGUAUGAAUGUAUCGUCUCCAAACCUCAGACAUUCAAAGCACCUUUAACAUUGAUUAGGUGUAGGUGUGUACACUCCUUGUUGCCUCUGCUGCAGCUCGCAGCAAACACACACACAAAAAAAACAAAAACAAAACAACAACAUGCAACCUACUGACCCAAAGGACCUUUCCCUCAGUCGUUCCCACCAGCUUAGCCAUAGUCGUGGCUCUGUCAGGCCUCAUAGUCUCGCAGUAGUCAGGAAGGCAGGGAACUCAGUAUGUUACCUGUGUAAGAUGGAUACCUCAAUAGAUUUCUAUGCUGUGCUCCGUUCGGCUCAGAUGACAUGGCAAGUAUUAAAUGUAGCCACUGUUUCAGUUUGUGUCUCCCACUCCCGUUUUCUUAAAUGUAAAUAGUUCUCCACAAAUGGUUUCGACCCUGUGACAGCUCCUUCUGUGUGCUCUGAGGAUGCAUUCAGUAAGUCCUAAUUUAGUGACUCAUACGUGCAGACAUGUGGUAGUUUACUUAGCUGCCACAGAGUCGGGGAUACGUCCAGAGUAAUUGACUUAAUAGAGAUGGGAUGUUAAAACCUGAACUGGACCCUGGUCUGUCUCAUUGAGCCUCAUAAAAAGUGGUUGUACAUUUCAUCUAAGGAAGAUAAAUCAAUACAUGUUAGAGCAGUUGGACCUGUAAAACCAAAACCCUUACACAGCCAGCUCCCCGACUUCAGAUACCUUGACCUCAUGCUGUUACUCAGAUAAAAAAAAGUCUUAUGUUCUGUUAGAAUUAGAUAGAAGAAUACAGUGUGUUAUAUGGGGAAUUUGUCCAUAAUAAAUUAUAUAUACAUACAUAUAUAUAGAUAUAUAUAUCUUUGUAUAAUGUAGAAAGUGUGUGCUCUGUGGCCUUCGGUCUUUGCCUAAUCUCUCUCCUCACACUGUACUUGGUUGGUCACAUUGUAUCAGAAGAAAAUGCUUUGAUGUGUAAUUGAUUAGACUGGCGUGUGUGAUAAAUUUGUUUCCAAUCUCAAUUGUUCAAUGUAUGAAACUCAAUUAUUACUGUGGUGCUACUGCACCCGAGUAAACUAUUAAACGGUCACAAGAGAAAUUUCUAUUUAUAUGAACUAUUCUGAUUUGAUUGACAUCAGCUUUGUGUUGAAAUUAGUUUGGUUGAUUUAUUUGUCCCUCCUCCUCCCCCCUCCUCGGAUGAUUUUGUUGUAGCGAUGGGAAUCCUUGAGCUUGAGUUAUUUAAGGCUUUUUGUAACUUGUGCCUGUCACAGUAAUUUGCCUUCAAGUGCUUUGGAAAAAAAAGUAAUUUCUGUGUGUACUUUGUAAUGUUUUGUAAGGCUGUUUUAGAUUUUUGGCGGAGGAUUAUUUUUUAUUGAACUAGAUUUGGUUCUUCUUACAAGUAUACUGAACCCUUAUUUUUGUGCAUUUUUAAACCUGUUCUUGACUACACUUUAACUAGCCUAAGGACAGAUGAUGGUCUGUAAUAAACUGCAUAGUUCAGCUGUA